GAAUGUAGUAUAACCCUCGUAAUUCCUCACCCCAUUGUCCUGGUAAACCCCAGACCUCCCGGCAGUGGCAAUCUUCCUGGAGAUGGUGGGGAAGUUCGGCAUCACAUCUGCAUUCUGCGUGGUGUACGCUGUCACGUCCGAGCUGUUCCCCACUGUGGUGAGGACUACGUCCAUGGGGACCUGCUCCAUGGCUGCCCGCAUCGGCACCAUCAUCUCCCCCUUUGUCAUCUACCUGGGUAAGUACUAUAAGUACCUGCCCUAUAUCCUGAUAGGCAGCCUGGCAGUGGUAUCUGGCCUGCUGUGUUUUGUGCUCCCCGAGACCUUCGGCAUGGUCCUCCCUGAGACACUUCCCCAGAUGCCAAGGCUGAGAGGGUUGAAACACAGAAAGAGUUUCAUAAAGACUGACUCUCCCACAGAAGUGAAGGAGGACCGAUUCUGAUUUGAUUUGGUCAUGAAGUCAUGUUUUUUAAUGUCUUUAUUAUCAUUCGCACCCAGGUGUACAAGAUUCUCUGAACCGUAAUCUGGGUUAGUAAGCGUGAAGAAACCAGACAGUAUGGCCAGAAAGCCUUUCAUAGGGUGGCCAUUGGCCAGAUAGGGCCAGUGGUUAAUUUAGGGUGGCCGAUAGGGCCGGUGGUUAUUAUUAUUUCGGGGUGGCUGUAGGAG